AGAAAAAGAAAAUUUGUUUUGUACCAGAAAAAAACGCCAGUGUUACGUAUCCCGCAUAAUCAAUAACCAUAAAACGUGCCUAACAACUAGUUCGGGAUAUAGCUGCUCAAAGUUAUAUUUUAUGACUAGGGAUGUCAUGUUUCUAACUGGAUGUUGAUUAUUGAAAACUUUAUUUCAUUGGUCUGGUUUAAAAUGAUUCUUGAUUCUGUUAAAAACGGUAAAAACUUGUAUGUUUAAGCGAAAAUCUUUAUACAGAUUUCUAAAUAUGAAAAUAGAUGAAAAUCGGUAAUUAGAAAAGCGGGAAGUAUUGUCACCACGUGAAAAUCACUGAAUCUGGCUGCAACAGAAACCCUGAAGAAAAUUUUUCAUCAUGUUUGUUUUGUUAAUUUUGGAUAUUUUCAAAACGUACUUGUUUAAACAUUCAGAUGGUUUAUUCGUAAACAGUAUAUUUUUCACGAUUAUUCUAAAAGAAAACGUGAAUAGUCAGCAAAACUAACUUUUUGUACAAAUCUUUUUGGUUCAUAAUCUGCAAAAGGACGACCUAUGAAGCACAUGUUCGAGCGCAAUGAUAUUGAUUAUUCAAUCAAUCAACUACCAAGUAACCACACAAAUGUAUCAAUGUGUGUAUCGAUGAUGUGUUGCCCUCACUUCACCAUCAGGCAUGGUAUCAUACAGUGUUCAAGACAGUAUGAAAAAAAAACCUGCAAACUGUUUUUAACUAACAAAUAAAACAACACUGUCAAAAAUGGCGGGCUAAUCGUCAAAACCGAAACUUACAAAAUGAUCUAAUGCUCAGAACCUUUUUAUCAGAUUCCUAAAUUCCUAUCUAUCGGCAGGAAACCAUAAAAAAGACCUACACAACUCUUGCAAGUGAAGUAGCGUGACGCCACCCUCCACGCAGGCAAACUGCUCCGUUCAAGCUACUAACCACGCGACGAACCGCGCGCGGUGCGCAACUCGGUUGGCUGUUCAAUAUCUUAUCAGUGCCCAUAGCAGUUUUAUUUAUCUCUCUUCUAAAUAGCACUCGAACGCGCAGUACAUAUCGAUAGGUGUUCUUAUCAACCCCAUGAAAAUUCUCCUCAGUUGCAUUCAGUCACGAAACCGUCAAAUUGUUCAAGCAUUUCGGGAAAGCUUUGAAUUUGUGUUCUGUAGUUUGGCAUAGACAUUUUUAUGGUUUGUUAUGUGGUUAAUUAAUGCAAAGCAUCGCACGCAUAGAUAAACAUCUAUAUCUUAUCUGUUCAAAUGUUAGCAAUUAUCUUAUUACGUGAUAGUUAUUCAAAUUGAUUUACCACUAAGCGGCCUCUUUGAGGUUUGAAAUAUGUAGCGGUUUUGGUUUCUUGUUUAAUCAUGCUGGCUAGAAUUGUAAUACUCCUGCAGCUUUGCUGCUUAGUAGUUGUUACUGUCGUGAGUGGUGAAAAUCUUUCAAAAGUUAUUACAGUUCUCAGCAAUAAAUACUCCGAUGAUGAUCAGUAUAAUGUAAUACCAUGCGGCGAAACCAUUUGCGAUCCAUUUUCGGAGGUAUGCGAAGGAAACACGACAUGCCAAUGUAUGCCCAAUUUCAAAUUUGAUCCCGAAUAUUGGCGAUGCUGUCCAGUUGAAGGGAUGAUAUGUUCUGGAUGCUGUUAUGGAGACGCGAUUUGCUUUGCGGGCCGAUGUAACCCUUGCUAUUAUAGAGAUCAGCACAAUAAUUGCAUAGUGCAGGACUCGAUGUUUUUCCUAACCGCAGCUCAAGUGGCAUUUGCUACAGCAAUUGUGAUAGGAGUUACCGCAUUGGCUACUCUACUAUACAAGACUGCUCGGGCCAGAGCGAGAAGAAGAAACGCUAAUCAGCGAACGCUUGAAAGUGAACAGAGCCAACCCAGAGUGAGCCGGCUUUCACUUUCCUCCAUCCAGAUACGAGUUCUCCGGCGGUUAAGGGAUAGACCUCCGAAGUACGAAACACGACAUAACUAUGAGUUCCGUCAGCGAGACCGCACUAGUCCGGAAAAUCAACAACGACGACAUGACACUAGUCCGGUAAGUACACCAACGGGGGACCCACCACCGGCGUACGAUGGAGACGUGAGCUCAGUUCGAGAUUUUCCUCCGCCUUAUUCGGUCGAACCGUCUCAGGCGGAAACUAGAAUCGCCAUAAUAGGUGAACAAUCAGUGCCAAGCCAUGAUGCACCCGAAUGUACCUUAGAUAGUCAUUCAAAUGCGUGCAAUUAUGUGCCUUUCGAAGGGGACUCACUUGCUACUAGCUUGGAGCGAGCUGAACUGAGAGGUAUCGAAGAGUUAAAAAUAAAGUUAGAUGAUGAGCAUAAAACACUACACAUUUAAGACUGCGAAAAUAAAUUAGGUUUCACGGGAAGAAAUUUUAUCUAAACAAAUUGAAUUAAACGGAAAAUCUGAGAAGUUUCUAUAGUCAUAAGAAGUAAUAUGGAUUUCACAAAUCAAUAGGCAAAACAGAAAAGUAGCAAUCGCGGCAUUCACUAGCAUCUAUUGUGCCUAUAAGUGCCCCAAUCAUAAUCUACUUUACAAAUAAACGAACAA